ACCACAGCCCUGUGUGCACCUACCUGUAGGUCUGCUGGGAUAUCAAGCUUUAAACGUGGAGUUGGACCAUCUUUUCCUGUAAAGUUUUGAGUUUGAGGGGCUUUGUCCGGGACAGACAAACAAAUAGGCAGCAAGAAACUCGGAAACUCAAGGGCUCGUACCAGGAGCGGCCUGCAGCAUGUCUGGAUCUUUACCGUUCUACCAGAAGCACCAUCGCCACUACGACCGUGGCUACCGUAGCAAGGAGACGGAGUCAAAAAUGAGCCAGUACCAGGCCAGCAGCAGAUACAUUGCUGGCAGCAGCACCUCCGCCACCAGCAGGAGCAGAGGACUUAAAGUGUCUUCACACUCUGGGCUGGAAGAGAGCAGACUGAGCCCCAUACCCAAGAGAGCCAAGCCAACUUACUUGGCUGUGGAUAAAGAGAACCAAAUCAUCGGCUAUGUAGUGCCUAUCUUCAGGGGCAGUCAAGAGUUUGCUACAGGAUUAUCGAAUACAGAGGAAGCAAGGGUGAGGGACACUGCUGCAUACAUGGCCCGCAGGGAUUUGUUCACCAGUGGCCUGGAGAUGGAGAGGUCAGAGCAGAUCUCCAGGAAGGAGGCCAUGCGCGAGUCAGCUGAACGCAUCUCUCUGAACAAAAGGAUCCAUGAACACGAGGAACACUUCAAGCGCAUGAACGAAGACAGCCUGAUGCACGCCCCGGAGUUUGUGAUUAAACCUCGCUCCCACACAGUGUGGGAAAAGCAGUGUGUGCGCUUGCAUUGCACCGUCAGCGGCUGGCCCGACCCACGGGUCGUCUGGUACAAAAACAAUGUGGCAAUCGACCCCCUUGCCAACCCUGGCAAGUAUAAACUUGAGAGCAGGUACAGCGUGCACUCACUGGAGAUUAACAGAUGUGAUUUUGACGACACAGCGCAGUAUCGCGUCUCUGCCAUGAACUCCAAGGGAGAGCUGUCUGCGUUUGCCUCCGUCGUCGUUAAGAGGUUCAAAGGUGAAAUUGAUGAGUCCCUCCCAUCACCUAGACAGGGCCCAGUGUCUGAGUAUGGCAUCACCUUCCAGACUCACAUUGUUGAUAAGUUUGGCGUAUCCUUUGGGAGAGAGGGGGAGACCAUGAGUCUGGGGUGUACGGUCAUCAUCUACCCUGCCCUGCACCGCUACCAGCCAGAGGUCCAGUGGUACAGAGACGAUGUUCUGCUGUCUCCAUCUAAAUGGUUCCACAUGCACUGGAGUGGAGACAGAGCCACACUGACACUCACACAUCUCAACAAGGAGGAUGAGGGUCUCUACACCUUGCGUGUCAUCACCAAGUCUGGAUAUGAAACCUACUCAGCCUAUGUCUUUGUCAGAGAUGCUGAUGCUGAGGUUGAAGGAGCUCCAGGUGCCCCCCUGGAUGUUCGCUGCCUGGAUGCCAACAAGGAUUACAUUAUUGUGACUUGGAAGCAGCCAGCUGUGGAUGGUGGCAACUCCAUCCUGGGCUACUUUGUGGACAGGUGUGAGGUUGGAACCACCCACUGGAUCCAGUGCAAUGACACUCCAGUCAAGUUUGCCCGUUUCCCUGUGACCGGCUUGGUGGAGGGCCGGUCCUAUAUCUUCCGUGUGCGUGCUGUCAACAAGAGUGGCAUGAGUCGCCCGUCCAGAGUGUCUGAACCAGUGGCUGCCAUGGACCCAGCUGACCGCGCCCGCAUGAGAGGUACUUCUGCUCCCUGGACUGGCCAAAUCAUUGUCACAGAGGAGGAGCCUGCAGAGGGCAUUGUUCCUGGAAGACCUCGUGAGCUACAGGUGACAGAGGCAACCAAGAAUUAUGUGGUGCUGAGCUGGAAGCCGCCUGGAGAGAAAGGCCUGGAGGGUGUUAUGUACUAUGUGGAAAAGUGUGUCUCAGGCACAGACAGCUGGCAGAGGGUGAACACAGAGAUCCCAGUCAAGUCUCCUCGCUUUGCAUUGUUUGAUCUCGCUGAAGGGAAAUCCUACAGCUUCCGCGUCCGGUGCUGCAACUCCGCCGGCGUCGGUGAACCUUCUGACCCAACUGAGGCCACCACAGUUGGCGACAAGCUUGAUAUCCCUUCUGCCCCAGGCAAAGUUAUCCCCACUAGAAACACAGACACUUCAGUUGUUGUGUCUUGGGAAGCAUCCCAUGAUGCUAAAGAGUUGAUUGGAUACUACAUUGAGGCGAGUGUUGAGGGCAGCAACGUGUGGGAGCCAUGCAACAACAAGCCUGUAAAUGCUACCAGGUUCAUCUGCCACGGUCUGAUGACAGGAGAGAAGUACAUGUUCAGGGUGAGGGCAGUGAACGCUGCAGGGCUCAGCCAGUUCUCCCCGGAGUCUGAGGCUGUGGAGGUGAAGGCUGCUAUUGGGGGCGGCAUCCCUCAUGGUGUGUUGCCGGAGAUGGGGCCGGGGGGUAACGUGGGCCAACUAACUGAGCACAGGCCACGCUGGACGGGCACGCAUGACACUGUCCAGUCCCUCCCUGACACGAUGCAAAAGCCCAGUAAAAAAGCUCAGACUGACACUGAAGCCAGGGCGGGGGCCGGGGCUGCUAGCUCAAGCCUCGCAGAGCCUGACCCCGUGGACAAUAAAAACAAGGGGGGCAAGAGAGGCAGUGUGUCCUGGGCCCCUGACCUGGCAAAAGACCUGGUCUCAGAGUCCGUGUCAGGCUCAGUUUCUAACUCACCCACUGACAUAGUCACAGCUGCACACUUAGACCCAGUCACUGCUGAGGUUCAGCAUCAGGCUGUAGAGACAGCUGAUGGGCCUGAGGCCGGGCAGGCACGUAAGUUCUCUGUAGAUGCCUCUGCUAAUCGGGAGACAGCGAGGCCGAGGAGAGAGUCGACAGCCUCCCCUGCUCCACCCUAUGGCAUCACCGUCCUGGAGUGUGUGCGUGACGCCAUGGUGCUGGCCUGGAAGCAGCCUACCUUCAUCGGCGGCGCUGACAUCACCGGCUACUUUGUGGAUUACCGUGAGGUCAUCGAUGGCGUGCCGGGGAAGUGGCACGAGGCCAACAUCAAGGCUGUCAGUGAGCGGGCCUACAGAGUGUCUGACCUGAAGGAGAACAGGAAGUACCAGUUCCAGGUGCGAGCAGCCAACAUGGCAGGUGUUGGCAUCCCUUCACUGCCCAGCAACACCUUCCUGUGUGAGGAGUGGACCAUCGCUGUACCAGGGCCUCCUCAUGACCUGCAGAUAAGAGAGGUGCGAAGUGACUCCCUGGUGCUGCUAUGGAAACCACCCGUGUAUCAGGGUCGUGAUCCGGUCAACGGGUUCUACAUCGACAUCAAGGAAGCGGACGCACCUGUGGAGGCGUGGAGAGGAGUCAACACCAAGGCUACGGAGAAGGCGUACAUAAAGAUUAAGAAUCUGAAGGAAGGAGAGACGUAUGUGUUCCGUGUUCGUGCUCAGAAUAAAGCCGGUGUUGGACAAACCUCUGAUGAGACAGAGCCAGUCCCAGCUCUGACCAAACCAGGCUCCAAAGAGAUAGUUGUGGAUGUUGACGAUGACGGCGUUAUCUCCCUGAACUUCGAAUGCUGUGACCUGACCCCUGACUCCAAAUUUGUGUGGUCCAAGAAUUACGAGGAAAUCACAGACACCUCUCGCUUGACUGUAGAGACCAAGGGAAACAAGUCCAAAGCUGUUUUCAACUCUCCCGGGGAGGAGGACAUUGGCAUUUACUCCUGUCUUGUCACCCACACUGAUGGUGCUUCAUCCAGCUACAAUCUCUCUGAGGAAGAGUUGAAGAAGCUGUUGGAGAUCAGUCACGACCACAAAUUCCCCAUUAUUCCCCUGAAGUCAGAGUUGGCCGUGGAGCUGCUGGAGAAAGGCAGAGUUCGCUUUUGGCUGCAAGCGGAGAAGAUUUCGGCUAAUGGCAAAGUCGAUUACGUGUUCAAUGAUAAUGUUCUGUCUCAGGGGGAGAAAUACAAGAUGAACUUUGACAAGAACACCGGCGUGAUUGAGAUGAUCAUGGAGUCUCUGACCCCGGCAGACGAGGGCACAUUCACCUUCCAGUUGCAGGAUGGGAAAGCAACCAACCAGUCCAGCUUGGUACUGAUAGGAGACGUGUUCAAGGGGCUGCAGAAGGAAUCAGAGUUCCAGAGGAAAGAAUGGUUCAGAAAGCAAGGUCCUCACUUUAUCGAGUAUUUGAGUUAUGAAGUGACGCCAGAGUGCUGUGUUGUGCUGAAAUGCAAGGUAGGCAACAUGAAGAAGGAGACCUCUGCACUGUGGUACAAAGACGGACGUGAGAUCAAAGCAGACGAGCAUCUGGGCUUCACCGAGGGAGUGCUGAAACUGGAAAUAGCUCAGAUUUCCAAGAAGGAUGCUGGUGUCUAUGAGGUUGUUCUGAAGGACGACAGAGGAAAGGACACUUCCACGUUGAAUCUGACAGAUCAGGGUUUCAAGGACUUGAUGAAUGAAGUUUUCAGUUUUAUCGCCAAUUCCUCUACUCCACUGAAGAUCACCAGCACAGAUGAGGGCAUCAGACUCUACACCUUUGUCAGCUACUAUAACGAUUUACUCCAAGUGACAUGGCACCACAAGGAUUCAGCCAUCGCCUUCUCUGACCGUAUAAAGAGUGGUGUGGUGGGAGAGCAGCUGUGGCUGCAGAUCACAGAGCCCACAGAGAAAGACAUGGGCAAAUAUGCCAUCGAGUUCAAUGAUGGAAAGGGUGGCCUGAGGAGAACUGUUGAGUUGUCUGGUCAAGCAUUCGACGAUGCUUUUGCAGAAUUCCAGAGACUCAAAGCUGCUGCUGUUGCAGAGAGAAACCGUGCUCGAGUAGCAGGAGGCCUGCCUGAUGUUGUCACCAUUCAGGAGGGCAAGGCCCUCAAUCUCACCUGCAACAUUUCGGGUGACCCCGUGCCAGAGGUCACCUGGCUGAAGAACGACAGGGAGAUCACAUCCGACGACCACUGCAUCCUGAAGUUUGAGUCGGGCAAGUUCGCCAGCUUCACUAUCACGGCCGUGAACACGUCGGACUCUGGCAAAUACAGUAUCCUGGUGAAGAACAAGUACGGCACAGAGAGCGGGGACUUCACCGUAAGUGUCUUCAUCCCUGAAGAGGCGGGCAGCAAGAAAAAAUAAAAGCGGUCCAAAUCUUGUCGUAAAUAUGUAUAAAAGAAAAACACUGGAAACAGUUAAAAGGGGGAAAAAAAGGCUUGAGGAUGUGUGGGAUGUUUGUGUAGAAUAUAAAAUUAACUCUAGAGGUGCUAAAUCUGAAGACGAAAUGUCAAACUGUUCAGAGUGAAAACCAGAGAUUUGGUCCAAGACUAACCAAUUGGACUCAAGAUAAAAAAGGUAUUUGUGAUAUUCUGCCUGCUCAUAAUGUUACUGGUGCAAUUUUAGUUUGUGUUUGUAUAAAGCUGUGCCAUGCAGAGGCACAAGCCUUUGCGUUAGAAUAUUAAAUAAGACAUUUGUAGACAAUAGGAAGCCAAAGAUAAUAGUUUGAGACAUGUUGUGUUGAUGGGAUGCGAUGCUAAGUCGAAGGAAAGAAAUGAUGAAUCCUGUUUGUCAACUCACUGUCUCAUUAUCAUUAUUAUUGAUGUCCUUCACCACUGUUACCACGUCCCCAUCACAGCCCAUCAUUAAUGAUUAGGAUGAUGAUAGUGAUACCACUGUAACGAAGACUGAGAUCACUGUUAAUACCAAACAGUAGUGAUCAUUGCUCCACUUCCUAUCUCCCUGUUUCUUGAUGAGACUAAUAAAAAUGAGCAUGUACUUCCCUA